AUGAUGAUUGUUGAAACAGAAGAAAAUCAAUUGACUAAAGCCACUUCUUUUAAUACAUGUAUUUAUAUUAAUGAAGAUAUUAAAAAUGAUAAUAUACCUAAUCAUACAUCAUUAUCAUGUUUAUGUCCAAUAUCUAUUAUUAAUAUUCAAGACUAUUCAUUAUUGAAUAAUAUUAUGCAAUCUAACGAUGAUCUUAACGAAUGUUCUUUUAAUCCUAGAGAAUGGUUAAUAAUUGAUUCAAUUUCUAGAAGACCACGACCUCCACGACAAAAUGAAUUUCUUUAUCUUCUUUUAGAACGUCCAUAUUAUUCCUCAUAUUUAACAUGGCUAAAUAAAAAUGAAGGUUUAUUUAAAAUUCAUGAUCCUGAACGAGUAGCUAAACUUUGGUCAAAAGUUAAAAAUCGAAAAACAAAUGGAAUUAUGAAUUAUGCUAAAUUUGCACGUGGAUUACGAUUUUAUUAUAAAACUGGAUCAAUGAUAAAAACACAUAAAAAACAUACAUUUCGUUUUAAAAUACCUAUAAAUAAUAUAUUAUAA